AUGACCGAACAUUCCACCCAUAUUCGACACGUACUCCUCUACGAGUUCGAAUCUCGCCAUUCCGCUGCUGGAGCCCAUCGAAACUUAAGUCAAGUAUUCGGCACUGAAGCCCCUUCUGAGCGGUGUGUGCGCGCCUGGUUCCAGCGCUUCAAAGUCGGAAACAAUAAACUCGAAGAUGAGCCUCGCUCUGGUCGACCGACUGCAAUAUCGUUCGACGAACUGAAGAAUCUGGCAGAGCAGCAUCCAUAUGAAGGUGUGCGGUAUUUUGCUUCCAGUCUUCGCUGUUUGCUGUCCACCGUGAGCAAUGGACUGCGAUAUCUCGGGAUGGUGAAAAAGCUAGGCUCUGAAGAAGGCGAUAUGGCCGAAACGUUAGCCAGUAAAUUUAUUUACCAACCUCGUGUACAGCUUAUCAAACUCGAUACUACAUCCAACUAUGCCGAGUCGGGAAUGCAUAGUCAAAACGACACGGACAGUUGCGUAAGCGGUUGUGCUCGAAGCCGUGCGGUCGACGCAGCGAAUCAGGUUGGAAUCGAGGACCGGGAUCCCCCAACCACGACCACCACGCUUCCACCUCCUUGCCAGACGUGUCCGCAGCCGGUCUAUCGGAAUAACUGUAAUGGCGUUCAGCGACCUCCGUGCCCGAGUGCUGCACAAGCCAACGUACAGACAGCGAAUAGUGGGACUGAUUGCAUACUCACAUUCGUCUGUCCAGCCGGCACAAAUGCAUUUGUUUGGCCAAAUGGAGGGAACACUCUUAUAUCGUAUUCGGGCACUGACUUGGUCUGUGAUGGACCAUCUGGCAAUCAGUGGCGAACCGACAUGGGUUUGAACGUCGAAUCAUUGUCAUGCAUCGGACCUGUUCCUGUACUCGGUUGCGGCUUCUGUCCCACAUUUGCGCAAGUUUACGUCGAUUGUACCAUGUAUGGAAGAGUGGAUUGUUAUCCGGAUCCGGCGACGAUCGUUGCUGAUAUCCAGAGAAAUGGUGCACAGUGCGAUCUCGAUGUCCAGUGCCCGUACGGGGCAACUUUGCAUUACAUUGUCGGUGGGGGCACUCCAGUAGAUACGUUUAAUGCACUCGCUACGCUGUCAUGCACAAUGGCUGGAGGUAAGUGGGAAUUUGGUGGAGUAGCUGUUGACGAAAUCACUUGUAUGAGUGAUCCAUAA